AUGACAGACCUAGGAUUUAUUGUGAAGAUGGUCAUCUACAAAUGUAGAGAGCUAGGCAAUCCAGUCACUGAGACUCUUGCUGCUUAUGUUGCCUAAACUACUCUUAACAAAAGAACUGGAAAGUUCUAUCUUGAAAGUACUAUAACUGAAGACGAAGCCAAGAAACUUGUAAACAAAACAAUCAAAAGGCUUCAGAAGAUAGACUCGGCCUCAUUGAAUACAAUCAAACUUCAGAUUGGAUAUGACUCAGCAUAUGUCAGAUAGGAAGUUUAGAGACAGCAAAAUAUUACAAACCUCUCUCAUGAAUCAAAUAGACUGAUUGAUGAAAUUGUUAGCUUCGAGCCUAGAAGUGGUAACGACUUUGAAGGAAUUACUCUACUUUACAAGAAAAUAUACAAUUACUUGCUCUAUAAGAAUAAGCAACACAUUAUUGGAAAUUAUUCUUCGAUUUAAUUGACAUCUGCUAUUUCCAAUACUAUAGAAAGAGAAGUAGCUGCCGCUCUUGAGAGUGUUCUGCCAAGAGCAGGUCUUAGACCUUUCGUAUCACUUACAACUCCUGAGAAAGUAGCUUAAUUGUGUGAGUUAUCAAAUAUUGUUAUUGGCAUCAGACUAUUUAAUAGAGACAUUGGUAAAGGAGGAGUUGGUCUUGAAUCAUUUACUGAGAUCAUCAAUCAUAAUGCAAGAAAUCUUAUUAAUGAACUUAAUCACGAAGUUGCUGAGAUUAUGGAACAAUCAGAUAAAUAUACUAUGUAUUUCAAUGUGCUAGCUGAGCUACAAAACCCAGGUUCACCUUAAUAAAUUGAAGUCUACAAGGAGGAACUGACAUACAAGAGAUAAUUCUUGAUUUAUAUUCUCGAACUUAAGUCUGAUGUUUAAAUCUCUGAGUCAAAUAUUGAAAACUUGCAAUAGAAAUACCAAAAAGAAAUCUCAGACCUUAAAAACCUUAUUGGAAACAAGUCAUCCAUCCCUAAAGAUCAAGUUUACCCUAAAUUUGAUUCACUUUCUUAAAUCUAUUCCUAGCUGCUAGAAGAAAAAAAUCUAGCUAUCCUCAGAAAAGAGCUAUUUAAGGUUCUUCUAGAAUUCAAGGAUAAGAUGACUAAUCAUCUACCAGAGAAUCUUGUCAGAGAAAGCAAAGGACUUUAUAUGGAGAAAGCUAAUAAGAUGAGACAAAUUGAGGAGCAUAUUGCCUAAAACAUGGAAUCUUCUCGGCUGGCUAAUGAUGUACUUAGACUAAUGCCAAAUUCAACUCCUGACUUUAUGCACAUUCCUUUAGAUUUCCUAGGCUUCUGUUUAGUAAACAUAGUUGAAAGUGGACUUCUUAUGCCAGGAAAACCAAAUCUUGGUGUCUUCAAAUAUAAGGAAAAAUAUUGUGUUUUUUCAGAUGAGUUGACCAUUGAUAGAUUUAUCAACCAUCCAGACAAAUAUCUCAAUGAUGUCGUUGAAAGAUGCAGAAGAAAACCAGAGCUUAUUCAUUUGCUCAAGAUGCAAGAUCAUUUCCCAGAUGCAUCUUUGUCAGCUCUUCUCUAAGGAAAGGAUGGUCUUCAUCCACUUUUCUCAAUUUCAGCUCCUUUAAUGGUGGAUAAGGGUCUUGAAACUCCCACCCAUUUCAUCGAGAAACAUAUUGAGCCUAAUUAUUAUUGGAACGAAUGGGACUUAAGAAAGAAAGCUCUUUAGAUGGCAAACAUUAGAAAGAAGAUUACAGUCAGUAUUCAAACAGAACUAUCUAACUUCAGAAUCGAUAACGAGACUCAAGUUUGGUUACCAAAGGAAGGAAGUACAAAUACUGGCAUUAAUGCUUCAACAAAUACUCAGCUGCCUAAGCAAUAUAUAACUUCUCUCAGAGACAAGUCAAUUUAAUGA